UGAAUAAAUAGUAAUAUAAUAAGUGAGAAGAAGUCUCAUAUCAGACGCAAAGAUUCGGCAGGAAUAUAAUUUGUAGCAAAAAUCUUCAAAAUAACUCACUAACGUGAAAAAGAAAAGAAAAAACCCUUCGAUAUGGCCGAUGAAUUUCCAGCCAGAAGCCUCUUCUCGGCGGCGGUCACCAAUACCUCGCCGUGUUCCGUCGGCAACUCCACCUUCUUGAUUGAUUCGACCAUUACAUCAACUUCUAAUUGGAACCAAAGUUUUCGUGGAUGGGAUGAUGGACAAAGAGUUGACACCACUGUGGUGGUGGAUUCAAUGACGGUCACAAAGUUAAAUUAUGAUGAUCAAGAAAUUACUAGUGGAUCCGAGGGGCAACAAAAUCCUACCAGUUUUUUCAAGACCACCGAUGAUGAUCAUGACUCUUUGUUUUUAAUGGAACAACCUUAUAAUAUUCAAACCGCUACAAAUUUUUACCAUAAUGUUGUCACAACUACAACUAGCCAAGGGUUACCAAUGGCUUUCCCUUUUGAGGCCAUUUCCAUUGAGUAUACUCCAACGUUGUUGCCAUGUUCAUCAUUGAAUCAACCAACACAAUUUGUUGUCAACAACCGAACCAUUAAUAAUUGUUGUUCCUUCACAAAUUCGGAUGAGUUGUUGUCUUGUAGUCCUAUGUUUCAGACACACUUGUUACAUCCUCCACCCCUCAAUUUCUCCAAUGGAAUUACACCCAAAUGCCCAACAAAGUUGAUGGGUUGUGAUGAAGUCGUUGAAGAUUGGAGUAGGGUCGAGAGGGAAAAUGAAAGUAAAGAAAUUGCAAUAAUCAAAAGGCCAAGAAGUGACAAUUCGUCAUCCCCAUUACCCACUUUUAAGGUUCGAAAAGAGAAGCUUGGCGACAAGGUCACAGCCCUUCAACAACUUGUUUCCCCUUUUGGAAAGACUGAUACUGCAUCAGUUCUACAUGAAGCAAUUGAGUACAUCAAGUUUCUUCACAACCAAAUUCGUGUUUUGAGUACUCCAUAUAUGGAAAUUGGAGACCACAAUCAAGAGCCAAAGAUCAUUAUUGAGGAAGAAUUAAAGAACACCAACGAGAAUAUGAAAGAAGAUCUAAGAAGUCGAGGACUUUGUCUAGUGACAAUUCCAAGUACAGUUGCAUUAGCAAAUGGUAAUAUACUUAAUUUCUGGUCUCCCACAUUUGGAGGUACUUUUAGAUAAUGUAAUGAAGCUGACACUGAUGAUGUUAGUCGAAAACCGACAUUAUAGGAGUACGAUAUCAAUUAGGUGUUCAACAUUAAAGAAUGUGGUAUUAAAAGUGUUCAAUGUCAAUCACAUGAAAUGUCGGUUUCAACCGAUAUUGAACAUUUUUAAUAGUACGCUCUUCGAUUUCGGUCUACCUUAGGACAUUUUCCUGAACUAUUUAAGCUCACAUGAAAAGGCUGGCAGCCAAACUGGGGAUGUGAAUGUUUUAGUUUAACUACUGAUCAAGAAAAUUGGUGUGGAUAUACUAUGUUCGCAGAUUGUAAUCUCAGUUUGAAAGAUAGGCUUUGUGUUGGCCCAGCUACAAAUGUAAACAACUUCAGCUUAGGAUGAUUUGUGUGUCUAUAUACAUUAAUUAUUGAUGAGGGUUAUAGGCUA